AAAUAACCCACCUCACCGCCAUGUAUGUUUAGCACGUACACAGCCCUCCUUCUCACCCGCGGGUUAUUUUCAUAAUACAAAACCAACCAACCAAACAAGCAAAAAGGUGUAGCCUUUCACUCAUAGAUCAUAAUACACAUAGAACCCAAAAGAGAGAGAGAGAGAGAGAGUUUAUGGCGGAGAAGAAGAAGAUGGAGUUUGAAGAGACCGAGCUCCGGCUCGGUCUGCCCGGAAACAACAACAACAACAACGGCGGUGGUGGUGGCGAAUCGGGAGAGAUAACGGCUCGGAAACGAGGCUUUGCUGAAACUGUCAGCAGUGAGACCAUUUCCAAGGUUGAUCUCAAGCUUAAUCUUUCGUCCAAAGAAGCCACCGGGGACGAUGACGGUGUUGCUGCUGAUCGCAACCCGAGAAACGAUGACAAAGCCGUCCUCACCGCAGAUCCAGCCAAGCCUCCGGCUAAGGCACAAGUUGUGGGAUGGCCACCAGUUCGAUCGUUCCGAAAGAACAACAUGUUGGCGUUCGUGAAAGUAAGCAUGGAUGGCGCGCCAUAUCUUCGUAAAGUGGACUUGAAGAUGUACAAGAGCUACAAGCAACUCUCUGAUGCUCUCGCUGCCAUGUUUGGCUCCUUCACCACCAUUAGUAACUGUGGAUCUCAAGAAAUGAAGGAUUUCAUGAACGAGAGCAAGUUGAUGGAUCUUCUGAGUGGCUCUGAUUAUGUUCCAACUUAUGAAGACAAAGACGGUGAUUGGAUGCUGGUUGGAGAUGUUCCAUGGGAAAUGUUCGUUGAAUCUUGCAAACGUCUACGCAUCAUGAAAGGAAAGGAGGCCAUUGGACUCGCACCUAGGGCGGUGGAGAAAUGCAAGAAUAGAAGCUAAGCAAGUAAAAUCAAAGGCAGCUUAACUCGGUUCGAUCUCGAGUCUUAGUUUACCCUAAUUAUCGAAAUACCGAUAAUUUAGAAAAACGUUCAGAUUCGAGAAAAGAAGGCAGAUGGGUUGUUUGGGUGUUUCUUGUAUGAUUAAGUAAGAUGUGAAACCGUUUUAAGUGGUAGUUUUAUAUUUGUCAUAUAUACUUAUUUGCUUAAGUUUUAAGACUUGGUUUGAUAUUUGUCUAACAUACUUUGUUUAAGUAUUUAUGGAUUUGGGUUUAAAUAAUAAACUCCCUGUUUGCUUGUAGUAA